AUGCGCCAAAAUCUGCUCUCCAUUGCCUUUAGCGCCGUAUUGCUGUCUUGGACUCAGAGCAUCCUGACCGAAAACGCGGUAUUCCAGCCGUGCCCUAUUCUAAGAGCCUACUACCCUGUGCCGACCGUCGACAAGGACGCUGAAACCAUCAAGUCCAGCUUUGAAGACUUUGGCGAGAUCAUGCCUAACUUGAAUUUCUUCUCAGUAGUCUUGUUCUCGGGCUCCAAAGAGGCCGAAGAAGACCCUGUGUUUUUUGAGUGCAAUUAUACAGCCCCCAAAGCCCCGAAGCACCUAGCGCUGGACUCCGGCACAAUCUUCCCUUUUGGCACGCUUACUCAACGAUUCAAUGUCUACUCAUGGCUUGUGGGGAUUGGGGAUUGA